GUUUAUUGCCGAGAGAGAGCUAUUUAGAGACAUCACCCGCUGAAGCAGAUGGGGCUUGGAAUUAACUAAGCCAGAGAGCGAGAGAGAGAGAGACCAAAAGAGAAGAUGAAGAUGAUGAAGAAGAAAAGCUGAAAUCUUCAUCAAAAGCAAAUUCAAAAGAAAGCUGAAUCCAACCCAAACAAAAGCACCAAUUUUAGCUUUGCUUUUAUAGCUACCCUAUACCUAGCCUUUCUUCUUCUACUCCAGUACUAUCAUCAUCAUCAUCAUCACCUUCUUCUUCUUCAACCUAAUUCUAUCCCGCCAGCACAAACCAGUUGCAGAAAUCACACUAUUGUUUGUGUUAUCGUCAUAUAUCAUGUUAGCGAAUAACUCUCUCGCUUCGGCUCCUACUUCUGAUCCCUUUCCUUGUGGCGACAAUGGUACGAUCACCACGAAUAAGAGAAAGAGAAGGCCCGCCGGAACUCCAGAUCCGGACGCGGAGGUGGUGUCGCUGUCGCCGAAGACGUUGCUGGAAUCGGACCGGUACGUGUGCGAGAUCUGCAAUCAGGGCUUUCAGAGGGACCAGAACCUGCAGAUGCACCGGCGGCGGCACAAGGUGCCGUGGAAGCUUCUGAAGAGGGAGACGCCGGCGGCGAGGAAGCGCGUGUUCGUGUGCCCGGAGCCGACGUGCUUGCACCAUGACCCGUGCCAUGCGCUCGGCGAUCUCGUCGGAAUAAAGAAACACUUCAGAAGAAAACACAGCAACCACAAGCAAUGGGUCUGCGAACGAUGCUCCAAAGGCUACGCAGUGCAGUCCGAUUACAAAGCUCAUCUCAAAACCUGUGGCACCAGAGGCCACUCUUGCGAUUGUGGUCGCGUUUUCUCAAGGGUGGAGAGCUUUAUCGAACACCAAGACAAUUGUAACAUGGGGCGGCUCCGGUCGGAAACACAGCCACCGCUGCAGCAGCAGCCGCCGGCGUGCUUGUCGCGAACCGCUUCGAGUCCGAGUCCGUCAAGUGAAACCAAUUUCAGCACUGGGCUGCAGAACUGGAACGGACUUGUGUUGCCUAAGCCAAUCACUGAACCGGCCACAUUGUUGAACCCUACCAUUAACACUGUUGCUCAUCGUGAAACCUCAUUAUCGAACAACAAGUAUAAUAAAGUCUGUCCAAACUUGGAUCUUCGGCUCUCUACCUCUAGUUCAAUUAUUCCCAUUGAUACAGAAUCGCCUAAGAGAGAUGAUCAUCAUGAGACCCGUUCGAACCACUUUCGGAUCUCAAUCGGCGAGGAAAAUGAAUCCAACUGCUUCAAUACUCGGAGGAAUUCACCCAAGGAGAGUUGUAACAGCAGCGAUAAACCAGAAGGUAAUAAUGGAGGGAUGAUUAGGGUGAUUCAUCAAGAGGAAGCACGUGAGCAGCUAAGGUUAGCCACGGCGGAGAAGGCUUACGCAGAGGAAGCAAGGAAGCAAGCAAGACGACAGAUAGAAGUUGCUGAGAAGGAAUUUGCAAACGCAAAGAGAAUCAGGCAAGAGGCACAAGCCGAGCUUGACAAAGCCUACGCCAUCAAAGAACACGCCAUCAAGCAGAUCAACUCCGUCAUGCUUCAAAUCACCUGUCAUGCUUGCAAACGACAGUUCGGAGCCCAAACGACGUCGACAAUACUGCCGACAGCCUCGGCGGUUCCUCCUCCACGGGACGAGAACUCCUUGGUAGUAAGCUACAUGUCGUCUGCUCUAACAACAGAAGGUGGCGAAGAAGAGAACUACAACAAUAACAAUAAUAAUAACGAGAAAAAAGAAGGGAAAAACAGAAAAUCUUUAUCAUUGGUCUAGCUUCUAGCUAGCAAAGUUUCUCUCUAUAUCUAUAUUUUCAAGGUGUCUACCAUUUUCUCUGCUAUAAAAUAUAUUUGUGAAAUUAUAAUGGGUAUACUGAGUGACACGUGAUUAUGUGUGAGUGGGAUGAAAUUUUAUAUAUAGUGGUGGUGGGGAGGGGAAGAGUGCUAUUUGUAUAACUUUUUUCCAGUUUAUUGUGCCGUGUUAUUAUUUUUGUUCAAUUAAAUUUGGUAUAAAUGAUUGCCUGUCAUAUAAACAAGGAUUUUCUUAUCGUGGGUUAAUAUCUUCUUUCUCUUGAUC